GUCAAAAUGGAGCAUGAAAAGUAUAUGGUAGUUAGAGAGUUUAUUCCGUUAGGAUUGUCUCAAUCCCACAAAGUCCAGUCAAACCUCUUCUUCUUCUUCCUGCUGUUCUACAUGAUAAUUCUCCCAGGCAACAUCCUUAUCAUUCUCACAAUUCAGGAUUCAGCUGGAUCACCCAUGCAUUUUUUCCCGGCUAAUCUGGCAUUCAGGGACAUCUGCUACUGUUCUGUGACCCCACCCAAAAUGCUGGCUGACUUUUUCUCAAAUCCCAAGACCAUCUCCUACAAUGCCUGCAUGACCCAACUUUUGUUUCUUGACUUCCUGGGAGCAGCAGAAGCUUUCCUGCUCUUGGCCAUGGCCCAUGACCGUUACAUUGCUGUUUGCAAACCUCUUCACUACACCAGGCUUGUGAACAGAACUGCAUGCUGUGCCCUGGUUGGAGCUUCGUGGGGUGGUGGCUUCGUUCAUGGCAUCAUUCUGUUUGCUCUCACCAUCAAACUCCCCUUCUGUGGACCCAACGUCCUGGAUCUUUGUGAUGUGCGUCAGCUGGCUAACUUGGCCUGUGCUAACACAGUGGAACUUCUGAUGUUCCUCAACAAUGGAGUUGUCAUUGUCAUGCGCUUUGCACUUCUCCUCAUCUCCUCCACAGUCCUCUUGCUGAAGCUCCAACAGUCCAAAACAAGGAACAAAAUAACCUUCACCUGCAUUUCCCACAUCAUCGUAGUUUUUGUCACAUUUGGCCCAGCUGUCUGUAUCUAUGUCCCACCCUUUGAGGCUGUCCUAAUGGAAAAGGUUGUUGCUCUUUUCCAUAUGGUUGUCUUCCCCUUGACUAAUCCCAUGAUCUACACGCUGUGUAACAAGGAGAUCAAAAGCUCCAUGUGGAAGUUGGUCAGCAAAUACAUAUUAAAAAAUAUACAUAUAUUUUGAAAUAAAUAAAUGAAAGUUUAUUUGUUCCUUGUUUUGUUCAUGCAAUUUUCUUAGGAAAAAAUCCAUACUGUACGUUAUGUAACAGCAUAAUGUACAAGUGAUAACCUUCAAGAAGUCCUCUUCUAUGAAAAAAAUCCCUAGAGUGAUACUAAAACCUGUAUGGAAUAAGAUAAGGAAGAACCAACCUGUGUAAAGGAACCAACUCAUGCACCAUGAAGUUAUCAUUAAGAAUCUCUUAAAUUCAUUAGAAAUGAUCUGGUGGGUGUUCAGACUUCAUAGAACUAUUACUGGACUACUGGUUCAGAUUCAACCAUGGUAAUUCAUGAUUUCAGUUUAUAGUCAAACUUUCACUGUUGAUGCUGCCUUCUCAUUGGACUCAUUCACGAUCCCACCAUUAAUGAGUUGAUUACAUUUCCACAAAGGGAGAGUGUGAAAGCUUCUGGAUGAUCCAGUGUGUAGGCAAACUUUGCAAUUAAUAUAGCACAUGUAAGGCGUUGCAAUCUGUUGAGUAAAAAUCAAAGACAACGUAGCUAUAGCUUUACAGGACAUGCUGAUCAUGAACUUUAUCCAUACAGUUAUAGACACUUGCAGCACAGAUGUCUAUGUCUGAAUUAGUCACUAAGGAUUCCAGCAAAACUAACAGGCAUUUCUAGUGAGAAAUUUACCUAACCCUUUCUUAAAUUUCUAUUUUGAGAAGUAAUAAACCAUGCCUUAAGCGUUUUUGUCUUGCCCCUUGUACUUGUCCUGUAAUCUGCUUUAUAGUUUGACCCCAAGGCAGUCUGCCAAAUAAUUCUUUUUGAUGGGAAACUGUGCUCUCAGCAUGGUUUUCUUAAUGCAGCAUAACUUCCUUAGGCAGUGUAGAUGAUGCAGUGUGAGCUAAACAUGUCUCUGUCCACAAAGUCUUCCAAUAAUAGUCCUCCAAUAAUAUCUCAGAAGACAUUGCAUCCUACAGGUCAUGGAGUGCUCGGUUCUCACAUAACAAUCUGGCAUGCUGUAGAUAUCUAAAUGCAGCUGCCCUUUAAGUAGGGUAUUUUUGUUCUGGUUCCUUUCUCCACUGACUUUCUAUAUAUCACCAGGUGAAAGAAAAUGCCAUAAAGUCAAGAGUGCCUUUCUCAGGAAUGCACUCAGCUCUGAGCACCACCACUUAUACACGGACUUCUGCCACACUGCUGCCAUCAGCUACCACUGUCAGCCUCCUCAAUGCUUUCACCAUGGUUACUUGAUAUCCUACAGCACUGCACCUGCUCAGAAGUAAUACUUCAAAUGCAUUCUUCCAUACUUCAUUACAGAGGACUGAAGAGGCUCACUUUUGCGUGGUGCUAAUGAUGGACCAUCCCCAACACUGCCUUUGUGCACUGCAAGGCCCAGCUGGCAUUCUGGCAGCAUGCUGGCUUCUGCUCCCUAGCGCAGGGAACCACACUGCACU